AUGGGAUCGGUUUGGUACCCAAAUCUCUCGCACAUCGCCACGACUGACCGACAGGCUCGAGUGACGCAAACGUGUCAGCUCAACUCAACGAAUGGACAUAUUUCACAAAAGAGUAAUUUCUACUUUUCUACACAUCAUCAAGCAUGUGGAAGGGGGGGAGGGAAGGGGGAGGACGUCUACAGAAGGCCGAAAUGUGCAGGUCACCUUGUGGCGGCUAUGGGGGCUAUGAUGAUAAAAAGAUGUGUUCAAUUUAAUCACCAUGACAACCAGACCAGUCGACUUAAAUGCAUCCGUGACAAAUAUGACACUAUUUUGGUCUUUAUAGCUUCAAAGAUACUUGUUCACAGUCCUAAGACACGUAUUUGGGGUAAAGGGAGUGGCGAAUUACAGACCAAUUGGAAGAUCGGGCAGAUGAACAGACCAGGCCUUCUUUUAAGGCAUUCUCGGAUGCCGACUUCUACCGUCUGUUACGUCAUAGGUCGUUUAAUUGUUGACAAUGCUCAAAGUGUCGAGAUUGCACGCUGUACUGCCAUGGUUCGAGUCCCGCUGGGGGUGUUGACAAGACCCAGACGAGGCGACGUCGAAAUUGCAGUCCAUCGCGGCCGGGAUGAGAACAGCUUUUGGUAA